AUGGCACCAUCAAAUCCUGAUAAAUAUGCAUUUCUUAAAAUGCAGGCACCACCAAGUUAUGUAGCAGGUUUAGGUCGAGGAGCAUCAGGUUUCACAACACGAUCAGAUAUAGGACCAGCAAGAGAAGGACCCACGCCAGAAGCCAUAGCAGCAGCUAGAUUAGCAAGAGGAGAAGAUGAUACAAUCCAAAAUGAAGAAUCUGAACAAUUUCAAGAUCCAGAUAAUGAAACGAAUCUGUUUGGAUCAGCACCAUAUGAUCAAGAAGAUGAAGAAGCGGAUAAAAUCUAUGAAUCCAUUGAUUUACAUUUAGAAAGAAGAGGACAAUUAAGAAGAGAGAUUCGAGAAAGAUUAGAAGCCGAAAAAUUAGAAUCUGAAAGACCAAAGAUUCAAACUCAAUUUGCCGAUUUAAAAAGAUCAUUAAGUACUGUUACUGAUUCUGAAUGGGAAUCUUUACCUGAAGUUGGAAAUUUAGCUGGUAGAGGUCAUAAGAAAUUAAGAAAAGAAGGUAAUUUAAGAACUUAUGCUAUACCUGAUAGUGUUUUAUUAGGUCAAAGAGAUCAAGUUGGAAUUGAAACUAGUUUAGAUAGUAGACAAAUGAAUGGUGAUAUUACGCCUGCUUCGACUACUACUUCUAGUGAUGGAUCAGGUGUGAUGACCAAUUUUGUGGAAAUCGGGGCUGCAAGAGAUAAAGUGUUAGGAUUGAAGUUAGAUCAAGUUAAAGAUUCAGUCUCAGGUUCAACUACAAUCGAUCCAAAAGGUUAUCUAACUCAAAUGAAUUCAAUCGUCUUCAAAACUGAAGCUGAGAUUGGUGAUAUUAAAAGAGCUAGAGCUUUAUUAGAUAGUUUAAUCAAAAGUAAUAAAAAACAUGCGCCCGGUUGGAUCGCUGCUGCUAGAGUUGAAGUAGCUGCUGGUAAACAAGUGGCUGCUAGAAAGAUUAUGGCUCAAGCUUGUGAAGAAUGUCCAAAGAGUGAAGAUGCUUGGCUUGAGAAUGCGAAUCUAAAUACACCCGAAAAUGCCAAGGUAGUGUUGGCAGAUGCGGUUACUCAUCUUCCACAUUCGGUCAAGAUUUGGUUGAAGGCUGUUAGUCUGGAACACGAAAUCCCUGCCAAGAAAAGAGUGAUGAGAAAAGCAUUAGAAUAUAUUCCUACAUCCGUAAAACUAUGGAAAGAGGCUGUCAACCUAGAAGAAAACCCCUCAGAUGCACGAAUUUUACUUCAAAGAGCAGUAGAAGUCGUUCCAUUCUCCGAUGAACUUUGGUUAACACUCGCAAGACUAGAAACACCCGAUAAAGCCAAACAAGUGUUGAACAGAGCACGUCAAACGAUUCCCACAAGUCAUCAAAUUUGGAUUUCAGCUUGUAGGUUAGAAGAACAAGAAGGCAAAGAAUUAGAUCGGAUUGAAGGAUUGAUGAGUAAAGGAGUUUCAGCACUUAAAAAGAAUGGAGCUGAAUUACCUAGAGAACAAUGGAUUAAAGAAGCCGAAAAAUGUGAAUCACAAAAAAGUAUUGUCACUUGUCAAGCGAUCAUCAAAGCUACAAUUCAUUUAGAUAUAGAAGAUGAAGAUAGACGAGAUGUUUGGUUAGAAGAUGCUCAAAGUUCUUUGGCUAACGGGUAUAUUGAAACUGCUAGAGCGAUUUAUGAAUAUGCAUUAAAUGUGUACCCAAACAAAUCAGACAUAUGGAGAAAAGCUGCUGACUUGGAAAAAUCGUACGGUACUAAAGAUUCAUUAUUGAAAUUAUUAGAAAAAGCUGUCAAUGCUUGUCCUCAUUCUGAAAUUCUAUGGUUAAUGGCUGCAAAAGAAUGUUGGCAAUCUAAUGGUGAUGUAGAUGGAGCAAGAAAGAUUUUAGGUGACGCAUUUGAAGCUAAUCCUGAAAGUGAACAAGUUUGGUUAGCUGCUGUUAAACUUGAAUCGGAGAAUGGACAAAUCGAAGCGGCUAAACAGUUGAUGAAAAGAGCAAGAGAUGUAGCUGGAACAGAAAGAAUCUGGAUGAAAAAUGCGGUUUUUGAAAGACAACAUGGAUCAGUUGAUGAAGCAUUAGAAAUCACAGAAAAAGCAUUAAUUAAAUUUCCAACUUCUGAAAAACUACAUAUGAUCAAAGGACAAAUUUUAGAAUCUAAACAAAACUUAUCAGGAGCAAGGGAAGCCUAUUCAAUCGGAACUAAAAAAUGUCCAAAAAGUAUACCAUUAUGGAUCUUAUCAUCUAGAUUAGAAGAAAAAGUAGGAAUGACCAUUAAAGCAAGAGCAAUCAUGGAAAGAGCAAGACAUUAUAAUCCAAAGAAUGAAGAAUUAUGGUCCGAAAGUUGUUCGAUUGAAGAAAGAUCAAGUGGUCAUACUACUGGAUCUUCUACUAAUGCUAAUGGAGUUGGAAUUCAAGCUAAGAAUAUGAUGUCUAGAGCACUACAAGAUUGUCCUAAUUCUGGUUUACUUUAUUCUCAAUCUAUUUGGUAUGAACUUAGACCACAAAGAAAAGCAAGAGGUGUAGAUGCACUUAAGAAAUGUAAUAAUCAUCCAAUGGUGAUUGUUACGGUGGCUAGAUUGUUAUGGGCUGAGAGGAAAUUAGAUAAGGUUAGGAAUUGGUUAGAGAAAGCUAUUGUGGCGGAUUCUGAUUUUGGUGAUUUUUGGGGAAUUUAUUAUAAGUUUUUAAAAAUGCAUGGGACUGAGGAAGAAAGCUCAAUGUUAAUUGAAAGAUGUAAAAAUGCCGAACCACAUCAUGGACCAGUUUGGCAAUCUACUGUAAAAGAUUUAUCGAAUACAGGAAAAAGUAUAAAAGAAAUUCUUGAAUUAGUUUCAGAUAAAUUACAACAAUGA